AUGUCGAAUACUGAAGGAGCCCGAGUUUUGACCCAGGGCGUCGGCUAUGGAGUCGUUCUCGGUAUCGGCUUAGUCUUCGCCAUUAUCAUGAUGGGUCUGUCCUAUCUGCAGAACCGAUACACGACUUUCAAGACCAACGCCUCAGAGGAGUUCAAUACCGCAUCGCGCUCCGUCAAGCCGGGUCUCAUCGCUUCGGGCAUCGUUUCUGCUUGGACGUGGGCUGCGACUCUUCUCCAGAGCUCGACGGUGACGUACGAAUGGGGAUUGUGUGGCGGUUACUACUACGCGGCGGGCGCGACCAUGCAGAUAUUCAUUAUGGCAAUCCUUGCCGUCCGCGUGAAGAUGAUCGCGCCUUACUGCCAUACCUACCUCGAGAUCGUGCAGGCGCGCUACGGCAGUGCCGCCCACUUCAUGUUUGUGACGUAUGGUCUCGUCACCAACCUCAUCGUCUCCAGCAUGUUACUGCUCGGUGGUAGUGCCGUCGUGAAUGCCUUUACUGGAAUGAACAUCUACGCUUCGAAUUUUCUUAUCCCUUUAGGAGUCAUGAUUUAUGUCAUUCUGGGCGGACUUCGAGCCACCUUUCUGUGUGACUUCGUGCACACGAUGAUUUUGAUGAUAAUUAUCCUCUAUUUCUUUUUCUAUACAUACACGAACACCGAUUUGAUCGGCGGCCUUGACGGAAUGUACCAUCUCCUGCAAGAAGCGGCUGUCCUUCGCCCGGUCAACGGAAAUCAAGGAGGGUCAUAUCUUACUUUAAAGUCAAACAAUGGCUUGAUGUUCAUGAUCAUUCAGAUAACCGGUGGAUUCGGUACCGUGGUGCUAGACCAGGGAUACUGGCAGCGCGCGAUUGCGUCCAAGGCGAAGACUGCCGUGCGCGCAUACCUCUUGGGUGGCUUCGCCUGGUUUGCCGUCCCGCUGACAUUCUCCUCGAUCAUGGGUUUGGCUGCGGUUGCAUUGGCGAACAGCCCGAGCUUCCCCUUCCCUGGAGGUCUGUCGUCCGCGCAGAUUAAUGCGGGUCUUUCAGCCCCCGCCGGUGUCGUGACGCUUCUUGGCAAGGGAGGUGCAGUCGCAAUGUUGAUCUUGCUCUUCAUGGCGGUCACAUCUGCGGCGUCAUCCGAGAUGAUUGCGACGUCCUCCAUCCUUACGUUCGACCUGUAUCAAAUACACUUCAAGCCAGACGCGUCGCCGGAGACACUCAUCCGCGUCUCGCAUCUUAUGGUCGCCAUCUGGGCUAUCAUCAUGUCCUGCAUCGCAUGCCUUUGGAACGGAAUUGGUCUCUCCCUGAAUUGGUUGUUCCUGUUCGCCGGGACGAUCUACACUUCAGCAGUCGGCCCCAUCAUCAUGACAGUCGUUUGGCGCAAGCAAACGAAGGCCGCGGUGUUCGCGGGGGCGCUCGGCGGUAUGAGUAUCGGCAUCAUAUGUUGGCUCGUCGUUGCGAAGGCGUACUAUGGCAAGCUGAACGUUACCACGACCGGCGAGAUGUAUCCUACGCUCGCGGGUAACCUGGGCUCUUGCUGCUCAGGCGCGCUCAUCUCCAUCAUUGUCACACUGAUCAAGCCAGACAACAAGUUUGACUGGACGGAGACAAAGAAAAUCAACGCUCGGGGACGUGCGCUGGACAGGGCAGCACGUCUUGCAGAGAUAGAAGAGGAGCAACGCGCAAGGACCAGCACGGACCAGCCUCAUUCUCCUGUUGAGUCGGAGAAGAAGUCUGAGGUCAACACGCACGUGUCAUCUGCAAACGAUGAGGCAGAGCUUGACCGGAACGACGACACGCCGGAGGACAUGGAGAUGCUAAAGAAAUCGCUGGUCACCGCGACGUGGUCAUCGCUGACGCUCACGUUUAUCACCAUCUUCUUGAUUCCCAUUCCGUUGUUCCUCUCGCACUAUGUGUUUUCGCUGCGCUUCUUCAAAGCGUGGAUCAUCAUUUGCGUGCUUUGGCUUUUCGUAGCGGCGUUUAUCACUUCGAUUCUACCAGUCUGGGAGAGCCGCAGGGCGAUGAUCGAAAUCGUCAGAGGUGUUGUUCGCGACGUAUUCAGUGGACCCAAGGGCAAAGAGGAGGUAGAAGAGAAAGGGGCGGCAGCUGCAUGA